UCAAGCCCACUUGAAAAGUUCAAAAAAGGCUGUAAAUCAAACACAAAAAUUGACACCAAUGAUGCAUUGGCCUCCUUUAAUGACAUGCUCCAAAUGAAACCCUUGCCUUCCGACUCAUCAUUUAACAAAUUGAUAGGCGCCGUUGCUAAAACCAAGAAUUAUCAAUAUGUGAUUUUUAAGCACCGUAGGAUGGUUGAAGCUGAUAUAUUACCUAAUCAUAUUACGCCGAAUGCUUUGCUGAACUCUUUAUGCAACUUUAAUAGGGUUGCUCUUGGUUUUUCUGUUAUGAGUGGGAUUUUGAAGAGGGGGUAUGGUCCUGAUAUUAUUACUUUUACUUCAUUGAUUAAUGGUUUGUUCAUGGAAGGUAAGAUUAAUGAUGCAAUUGAGUUGUUCAAGAAAAUAAUUGGGAUGGGUUUCCAACCGAGUAUCAAGACUUGGGGGACACUGAUUAAGGGGUUGUGUAGGAGUGGAAAUGCAGAGGUGGCGCUUUGCUUGUAUAAACAAGAUGGGAACGGGAAUGGAGGAAGGUCUUAUUUAAUAUUUAAGCCUGAUUCGUGGUGUUAUAACAUGAUUAUUGAUGGACUUUGUAAAAAGGGGUUGGUGGAGAAGGGUAAACAAUUAUUUUUGGAGAUAAAGGGUAGAGGUAUUAUGCCAAGCUUGGUUACAUAUGGUAGCUUAAUCCAUGGUUUAUGUCAGGGCGAUGAGUGGGAGGAGGCAAAGCAGUUCUUCAUUGAAAUGGUGGAUCAAGGCAUUCGUCCUAACACAGUAAUAGUUAAUAUCUUGCUACAAUUUCUUUGUAACGAGGGGAAAACUGACGAAGCAAUUGGAUUGUUUAACUUGAUGAUUCAAAGGGGUGAAGAGCCGAAUUGUUUUACAUUUAAUAUAUUGAUGAACGGGCUCUGCUUGGAGGGUAGGAUUGAUGAUGCAAGGGAGCUAUUUGUUUUGAUAGAUGCUAAAGGCCAUAAGGGAGAUAUUGUAAGUUACAAUGUGUUAAUUAAUGGGUAUUGCAAGUGUCAAAAAUUGGAAGAGGCCAUGAGGCUUUUCAAAGAAAUGGCGCGCAAAGAAUACAAGCCAGAUGUAAUUACAUUCAACACUUUAUUAACUGGUCUAUUUCAAAUAGGCAAAGUUGAGGAUGCACGGGCACUUUUGGCAAAGAUGAAAGUCCAUGAAGUGAUUCCGAGUUCUGAUACUUAUAAUAUAAUAUUGUAUGGAUUUUUGAAAAAUAAUUACCUCACAGAGGCAAUGGGGCUGUUUCAUACAAUGGAAAUAUCCGGCCUUAAUCUUGGCAUUGACACCUAUAAUUAUGCCCUUCAUGGAUUGUGUAUGGCAGGAAAUCUUGAUUUGGCCAAUGAGCUAUUUGAGAAGUUGUCUCAAAAGGGCUUGAAACCAACAAAUUUUACAUAUAACACCAUGAUCCAUGCCUUUUCUAGAUAUGGAAACAUGGAAGAGGCAAAUAAUCUGUUUAUGAAGAUGGAAAAGAUAGGUUGUGCACCCUCUGUGGUCAAUUUUAACACGCUCAUACGAGGAUUUUGCAGUCGUAGUGAGGCAUCAAAAGUGGUUGAACUUCUUGUUAAAAUGAAGGAGAGAAAUAUCUCCCCAGAUAAAGACACAGGAAUUCCAAGAGAUGCAGAAGGUACUGGAGGUAAUAUGCUUUAUCUUCAUCCAUAUCUUGGCUUUUAUUCUUCGAGGAAGUCAUUUAAGGAGAUGGAUCCAACCCUAAUAUAG